UUUCGAAAAUGGAGGACCUCGAAACUUCAACUUCAGACAACGAAGAAAAUCAUCGUUUGACUCUUUAUGACAAGUGUAUACAAAGCAAGUGGUAUCUGGAUAAAGCAAAAACGCUUAAGUCUCCUGAACAAAUAGAAAAGCUGGGCAGAUUAUUAAACUUUUUGGACCAAGAUGAGUAUCAUGACCGAAUCGAUUAUUUGUCGGAUCCAGUGCAGUUAAACAAAAAUGAGCUCCCAGUCGACACCCCUGAAUGCUUCUACAAUCUUACAAUGAUUCCGGAAUUUUGUACAAUGACUUCUCGCCAAUUCUUUUCUAUGAUACAAUCUGCAGACGAUAGGAAAUUCAAAUCUGUAAUUGCAAAACUUGGUGUAUACUUUGACCAUCCACAAGAAACAUUUUGGGACUUAAUCCCUCUUUUCACGUUGGGAGAUGAGACGCAUGUUUUAGCAUCAACUUUAUUUCGAUAUGCAACGAAACUGUUUUCCCCUUCAAUAAGUGGCGUUAUUCGGAUUAAAACGUUAUUAAGGUUGUUGAAUAUGGGGCGCCCGCAUUUUGGUCGAAACAACAAACUGGCACUAUCGAGAUACUCAUGGACAAAAUCACGCGAAGAUUGUUAUUACGGAGUCGAUGCAGCUUUUAAGCCAUUUAUCAUCAAAAAGCAUAUAGUUCCUGAACGUGAUUAUCCACUUUCCAAAGCUACAAUUGAACCAUUGCUUGUUGAAGAAGAGGACUACGCAUCAUUUGACUCUGAAAGGGCGAUUGUACUGCUGUAUCAUUUUCCGCAAAUUAUAUUGCCAUGUAUUGGAAAAAAGCAUUUCAAAAAGUGGGAUCAGUAUUAUUGGGAAGUGGAAUCAAUGUCAACAAACACGUUAAGUUGCAUUUGCAAAAACAACAUGGGAAUUUUUAUGCACAUUCAAGAACACUUCAUCUACAAAUCGCCAUCAGGUUUCCUCUGUUGGGGAUGCUUCCCACAUAAACAUCUCCUCCUUGUAGCUUGCGCGAAUUUUUUUCGGGAUAUGGUUAAAAAUCCAAAAAUCCGAAAAGCCGCAGAAAAAAGAACUCUACCUAAGAUCGAAGAUCUUUACGAGACUUUGAGGAAAAAGCCAAAAACUCGUUGUCCCGCUAAAGAGGAACGCGACGUCAUAAUCACUCGUGGUAAAGCACAAAACGUUUCGAAUUCAAUAGAAGUUGUAGUAAUCGAUGACGAUGAUGAUAUUGGCAACAUCCAGGAGGACAAAACUAACACAAAACGACAAAGUGCAGAAGAUGAAGAAGAAUGCGAUCUCAAUGUUUGGGCGUUUUCAUGCAACUCAACUAUUGAGCACAAGGAAGCUGAAGAGCUAAUCAGUCAUUUGGAGCUAGAAUCUUCUCAGAAUUCAAUUCAUAACGACAACAGGAAGAAAAACGAAGACUAUGACAUGGAAAUUUCUGAAAUCGAAACAAUCACUCAACGCCAACUUGAAGGUUACGGAACAUUUAACAGUCCAGAGAUGAAGAAUGAAAGGAUUGUGAAUUGUGAAUUGAAAAGUCAACCUUCUUUAACCGAUAUGCAUUCUGAACUGGCCGCAACUAAAGGAAGACAAAAUAAUGACUUGCCCAUGAGCUCCAUACCGUGCCAAGAUGCAACACAGAAAGACAUCGAUUCAUCGACUCAAUCAAUGUUACAAAGCACUGUGCAAUCUCUCGAGAAUAAUUAUGUCUCCAAUGAAAACGAAAAGACGGAGCAAUCAGACGGAGAAUCAGAAACAAAUGACAACAAACUGGAAAAUGUUCUGACCACGGAAAUUUCAGCUGAUACAAACAUAGAUAUUGAAUCUCAAAUAGACAUGAAACAUCCACAACAAAAUCUUCCCGUUUUUGAAACUUCGAGUGAAGAAACAAUUAAAUAUGGACAGAUCAAAAGCCCGACUCCUGGUUCCGAAAACAUCGGGAAAGUUAUAGAUGAAGGUGACCUGCAUAAAUCUCCAUUAUCCUUGAAUGAAGUAUUGUCUUGCGAUGAAUGCUGGUCUAUUCCAACUCAGAGAACGAUUUCGUGUGAUGAUGAUGGGUAUUCUGAAUCUACAAGAAACAAUAACAAAGCACCACAAGUAUUCUCACCAGACAAACAAGACGCGAAAAAAAACUGUCAGGUGAUUUCUGAGAAUUUUGGGAAAUCCGAAGAACAAUCUGAAGGUGAUGAAACUUCAAAUAAAGGAAGCAAAGAUGAAAAUGGAAACAUGUUGGAUGAUGUAGACCAAGAAAAUACAUCUGACAACGAAAUAUCGUUCCCAGAUGAUGAGGCUAAUGGACGAAAUGUUAUUACUUCUACUGAUAAUUUGGCUUGUGAUGAUCUACUCUUGGCUACUAACACCGAUUCAAUACAUCUGACCAAGGUUAUAGAAACUGUUCCAGUCCCAGAACCAAUUUUUGUGCUCAGUGUGAAUGAUAAAAAGGAAACAACUGGAAAAGUAGAGCCUGAACAAAUAAACUACCCUGAAAGCAUACAAAAAGAUUCAUCUGAUGAAGUUGUUGGUGAAUCAAGAAUGUGCAGUCCCAUAAAACCAAAUGAUGACGCUCACCCUCAAAAAGAUGGUUCCUCACAAAAAGACGAUAAUCAAUCCGAGAUACCACCAGACGAAAAACUGAUUGACAUGGCAGGCGAAUGUAUAGAAAAAACGAAGAUUCUGAUGAAGGAAUUUAUUGAAAACUGUGAUGCUGAUUUCGAGCUGCAAAAAGCAGAAGUGUAUGGAUUACUCAAACAUUCGGACUCCAGAAAUCAAUUGGCUGAUAAAAGAGGAAUGAUGAAGAACAAAUUACAACAUGUUUUGAAAACAAGGCUGGCGGAUUUUGAGUUAACUAACGCCACCCAGUGGACUACGCUUAUAAAUUGGUGCUCCUGGAACCCAACUGUUGGGGAAUUGUUAUUUGAGCUAACAGAGGAAAACGAAAAUAUGUGUGACACUGCAGACAGACAAGUAUAUCGGACCAUGGAAAUAUUUUCCGCAUUUAUUGAUCAAGAACACAACAAGAUUGAAGAGAGGCUUGCUUCCUUGCCAAAAUCAGAAAAUUUAGAGCCAGUCGAACUAACUGCCAAAUUGAAUGAAAUCACUGAUGAACAGUUUCAAAAGUCAACGGGUCAACAACAUCAGGUUCAAGAAACAACAAAAGAACAUGCGCAGACCGGCAAGGAUGAAGAAAUUUCACAUAAUCUGUCAGACAAUGUUAGAUAUUUACCGUUGGAGUGGGACUCAACUCAAUAUGUGCAAGAAUUGAACCAAAGCCAGAUUCCAGGAAGGUCUCCUCAGUCAUUUUCCGUUCCUAAUCCCGCUCAUAACAGUUUGGUCCCGCCAAUUUCAACACAGCAACUUAAUGAAAAUCAACGAAUUGACAAAAAUUCAAAUCAGGAAUCAUUUGCACCUCUUCCAACAUCUGUUCCGGUAGUUUAUUCGGAAUUUGACAAAAAUCUGCAGAAUACUUCGCAGAAUGCUUCGACGUCAUACUCUCAAAGUGGGCUACCAAUGUUAUCGCCACGUGUCUUAUUCACUAAAGACCACAACGAGAUUUUUCCACAAAACAUAAUGAUGCCCCCAGUGCACAAUCAAGUUCCACUCCAUACCCAAGUCAAUAAUUCAUCGCAGCAAGUGAUGGCAAACGCAUUGAGUGUACCUGCAAUUCAUCAACAACAUGAGCAACAGGAGAUGCACCAUGAAGAACUUGUACAUCAACAGCCCCUGAAAAGACAAAUGGAACAUGAGAAAAUGCAACAACAAAAUAUGUAUCAUCAAAACCUCCAACAAAGAUUGCAGUAUGAACAUGAACAACAGAUGCAGAUUCAGAAACAGAAAGUACAAGAACAGCACCACCAACAGAUUCGACAUCAUCAAAUGCUUAAACAGGAACAACGUCAAAAUCACAACCCAAUGCAUCAAAUUGAACACUUCCAGCAACAUCAAUUAGUAAAUAAAGUUCGUCCACACUACCAACAACAAGGUGAAAUGAAACGACAAGAUGGUAUGCAUCAGAUGCAGAAUCAACUUCACCAUCAUCAAAAUUUCCAAUUCAACAGUGGGCAGCAGGCAACACAAGUCCAUGAACAACAACAAAAUCAGAAUCACCAUGUGCGCCAAGCUGUUCAAGAAGAAGUUUUUCAGAGUUUUCCGCGUCAUGACGUACAGCGACAUAUUCAUGGGCAAACGAAUUAUCAACAGAAUCAGCGUCAACAUUCCCAACAGCAGGUGUAUAAAUUUCAUAUGCAACCACAACUUCCAAUUCAACCAGUACCAAAUCAAGUCCAACAACCUAAUUUUAAUAAUCCGAAUCGAGAUUUCCAAUAUCCAAAUCACAAUCAUCAACACGUUCAAUAUCAGUUACACCAACAACAUAUGACAGUUAGAAACAAUAAUCAUGAGCAUAGUCAAUAUCAACAACCGCUCCAGCAAAACCGUCUGCAACAGUUUGGUCAUCCUCCGUAUCAGUAUCAACUACAAAAUCAGCAUCAUCAGCGACAUCCCCAAUUUCCUCAAAUUCAAAAUCACACACAACAACCAAACUUCAGUCAGCAGUUGACCGGUGUUCAGUAUUCAACACAAAACAUCCAUCCUGGAACACACGAUCAUCUUCCAAAUGACAUGACCCACCACAAUCCAAAUGUUCGUUUCUAAUGCCAUGCAAUCAAACAAUUGUUUUUCUCUAUUUCGCCAUAUUCAUACUGUCUCAAUCUGAAACGUUGAUUUAUUCUCAUAAG